CACACACACCCUAAAAGGGCUUUUCACACUCUCUCAUUGGCCAUUGGGAUGGUGUGUGUGUGUGUGAAGCUGUCAGAGCUGAUCCGAGCGCACAGCUGAUGCACCCAGACCGAUGUCAUGUCCUCGGGGAUGGUACACAAAUGCAUUAUUAGAGGAACCUGCUGUAAUUUGAGCUUCUGAUCAGCCAAACUUUCUUCAGUUGUGACUCCACCCUUGUUUUUCCAAUUUUUUGAGGUGUUGAUAUAAUCUUGAUCACAAACCAGGAAUUAUACCUCAGACUUCCAAAGUGAGUUCAUGAUAUGGAUCAAAUGGAAAGUGUAGCCCAGGAGUCCAGAGCUGAACGGAUUGCUCGCUACAAAGCAGAGAGACGCCGAGAGCUGGCCGAACGUUACGGCAGCCAGGAAGAGGAGCUUCCAUCUAAGUGGUCGAGAAGAGAGAGGGAAGGACGCGGCGUCCGUGACUCUACCUAUGCAGAUAAGUCUGUUUCGGGAGGACUGAAUGGAGGGAUGGGGAGGAAUGGACAAACACCACUGGAAGAGAGGCCUGUUCCUGCAAAGAUCUCCAAUGGGUGUAAGGCGAACACCCGUGGAGAGAACACACACCAAAACAGGGAAAGUUUGUUGGGCUCGUCUGGUACAGUGGCUGGGGAAAACCCUCCAGACUCCCAUGGGCCCUCAACCCCUGACACUCCUCAGUUACACACUCAUGUAUCAGUAGGCCAGCUGAAGAACGCUCUUCUACAGCAAACCACAAGCCCAGCUCCGUCUGAUAGAGUAGCCACUGAUGGUGGCGUGGUGGCCUUGACUCUUGACCACGCAGUUCAACCAGGUGCAGAGGGAAGUCGUCGGCGUGCCCGUCGAUACAUGCCAGGGGAUUCUGCAGGGAGCCGCAAAAAUAGUGAACGCUUUCGUACUCAACCCGUAACAGCCUGCGAGAUAAAGGACAGCUGCGGUAGAAUGGACGAUGAAAAUCAAGACAACUCACAAAUGGAUGUAAAGACAGAUGACAGAGCCAAGAUGAGUGUAGCUGCCAAGAUGUCUCUGUUUAAAGAGUUGGAGAAGACCGCUUCACCUGAGGCUUCCUCGUUCCUCAAACCUCGUUCCAGUAACAGUUUCCAUGAGCGCAGAGUUCGCCGUAACAACGAUCCUCGAGCACUCACUCAGCCAAUCACCUUUGAGGAAACAGUGAUUGCAGCGAGUCCACAGUCGCGUGAGGAAGGUGAGGCUGAGCCUGAGGUGGAGGAUGAUGCUGGCACUAAACUGUCGAUGAGUGAGAAACUGGCUCUCUUCAACAAACUGUCUCAGCCCAUAUUGGGUGCUGUGGGGAGUCCCGCGAGAGACGGCAGCCCUCUAGAGGCCUCUGGGAGACGCAGACAGAAGGGUGCACGCUACCGCACACAGCCCAUCACUGUGGAUGAGGUCAGUUUGCUUCAGAAAGGGCCUGUUGAGCUUCCUCGUCUUCAUCUGGCGCCUCACCUCUCUGACCGACAGCAGGCUGAGUCCAUCAAUCUGAAGCCCAGUGAAGUGCAUCUCUCUGGGCUAAGCUCUUCACAGGAGUGGGCUUCCUCCUCUGAACUCACCUCAUCACACAAUUUGAAGCCUGCAUCAGACAGCAACUCCCAGAAUGCAGUGCAGAUUAAAGGCAUCUUGAAAAAGAGCUCUUCUGAUGGAGCGGUGUGGAGGAGUGAAAGCAGAGCCAGGGAUAACCUGAACGGACACGGCCUGGAGCAGAUCGGGAGAGAGAGAGAGGUGAUAGAAGAGAGACAUAUGGCACCUGUGGAUCAAUCUCCAGCUCCUCUCUCCAGCGCUCCCUGGAGGCAGAGGGCAAGGAAGGAAGCCUCUGCAUCCUCUGGCAGAACACAGAGAUCUGCUCCUCGAUCAGAGGACCUCCAGAUCAAUGAACAGAGCAGAGAAUCAGCCAUCAGUGACAGGCUGACAGACUCAAAAGGAGCUGAGAACGAAGAGGAGAAGCAAAAUGCUACGGAAAGCUGCAAUAUCAGUCUAAGCAGUGCGCCACAGGAUGAGAAUGUCACUACAGCUGAGUCGAAUCCCCAAACUCAGUGCUGGGAGCCUGUGUUUUCCUCUGUAUACUCUCGUUCAAGCUCCACACCUCAAUAUGUGAUGUUUUUUAAUGAGAGGAGUCUUUCUUAUGAAGCUCAGGAGGUUUCCACAACCACUCAAACCCAACCACAGGCAAGCUGUGAGGAGGAAGAUUCUCCCAAACUCUUGAAAACAGAAACACAAACCAUUUGUGCCAGUGAAGUCCAAGAGAGUCAGAUGUUUGGUGCUGAGAUGACCUCUGAACCCUCUGCACUACCAGCGUGUCUGACCACUGGAGGAGACACGGAGCCGGACCUGAGCACUCUCUGUCAGACCAACACACCGAUUUUGAGCUCAGCUGUAGCCGAGCACAGGCGCUCAGUUCGACCGUCCCGCAGGACCCAGGGUUCGAGGAAUCCAUUACGUGCGCUUGCUGCUCGAGAAGAUAUCCAGCAGGACUUCAUGCAGUCUGAAGAAAACGACGAAAUGGAGAAUAAUACAGCUAUGAAAAAUUCUAACUGCACCCCGGCUGAUGUCUCUUCCUCUGGAAAAGGGAGCAGACCCACAGUGCCAUACAACAAACUUAUGCUCAUCCAGGUUAAAGGUAUGAUGGUGUAUCUAAUAUUCAUUAAAUGUUCUUCUUUAAUGCAUUUCUUCUCAAUAAAAGUAUUGAUUAAAAAAAUCUUACUGGUUCGUCGGUGUUUCUCUCUUAACAGUGGUGACUGCUUUCUGCUGGUCACACCAUCACACUGCUUCCUCUGGACUGGAAAACUCUCCAACACCAUUGAGAGAGAAAAGGCGUCUGAAAUGGCCUCGGUGAUUGUGACCCAGAGGGAUCUGGGUUGUCAGGCAACAGGUGUUAUUCACCUGGAUGAAGGUGUAAAUACAGACAGCCUGCAGGCAGCAGACUUCUGGAACCUUCUCGGUGGACAGACUCAGUAUAAAGGUCCAGACAGUGCUGAUGAUGAUGAGCACUAUGAGAGAGCCAUAUCAGAGUCAAACUGUAUUUAUAGGCUGCAGGGAGACAGACUCAGUCCUCAUGAGCAGGGCUGGGCUGUCGUACCGGACCUCAGUCUUCUGAACUCCUCUCAGACUCUGCUGUUUGACUUCGGCAGCGAGCUCUAUUUGUGGCACGGGAAAGAUGUGGGCCCCAGCGAGAGGAAACUGGCCCUUCAGCUGGCUCAGCAGGUUUGGGACGGAGCAUAUGACUACAGUAACUGCAGGAUCAACCCUCUGGAUCCCUCUGGUGGCAGUGCCCAUAUUCACAAGCAGGGUAUUGGACGGCCAGACUGGGCACUUUUUGGCCGUGUGUUUGACCAAAACGAGACGAUACUGUUCAAAGAGAAGUUUACAAACUCAUUUGAACAGACAAAUGUGAACAAAAAUAACAUUGCUCCAUCCAUACAAGAGGAGGUGAAGUCAUCUCCCCAGCCAGUGUCUGCUGAGCAGUGGUCAUGUGAUGCCAGAGCUCUUUUCGGUGGAGUCUCUCUCUCAGGGGUGUCUCAGAUUGUUCUGGAUGGUGUGGAUGUACGAAGGGGACGGGACACGGUCACUCUGAGUGAUGGCCGGCAGGCAGAGUUAUGCACUCUUGUAGUGAAAACGUGGCUUAUUUCAGAGGGUGAGGAGUGUGAGGUUUCCCCAGAGAGCUUGGGACAGUUCAAUGAGGGCAGCACUUAUGCUAUAUGCUGGACAUACAGCCUCACAGCCUUAGGAGAUCAAAUGGCAGUAGGUCAGGAACAAUCUGCUCUUUUUAUCUGGAAGGGGCGGCACUCCAAUGUCAGUGGGCGUGACCUGUCAUCAGCACUAACCAAUCAGUGUAGUUCUCAGGUGUUUGUAACAGAAGGCGAGGAGCCACCCUGUUUUCUGCAGUUGUUCCAGGGAGGAAUGGUCAUUUAUAGACAACAACAAAGCAGAGACACAGGAGGCUGGCAUCUGUUCUGUGUGAGGGGUGACGUCCCAGUGGAGGGCAGUCUGUUGGAGGUACAGUGCUCCUGCUCCAGUCUGCGGUCUCGUGGCUCGUUGAUCUUGUUAAACAGCAAGCAGGGGGCGAUCUACCUGUGGCAUGGCUGCAAAGCCCACAGCAAAGAACGUCAGGUGGCCAAGCAGACCAUCCAACGCCUCACACAAAUAUGCACGUUGCCAGAUUGUGCUUGAUUUAUGAAUGUCCAAGAAGUGGAGGAAGGGAAAGAGCCUGCAGAUUUCUGGAAUGCUAUUGGACCACAAGACAGGAAGUCAUAUGACUGCAUGCUACAAGAUCCUGGUAAAUUUAAUUUUACCCCCCGCCUUUAUCACCUGAGUGCCCAAUCAGGAACUUUCAAAGGGGUGGAGCUUAUUAGCCCCUCCCAUGGGAAUGGUGUCAUUACAGCUAUGCCCUUCCUCCAGGAUAAGUUAUAUGCUGUGCCACAUCCAGCACUGUUCCUGCUGGAUAACUAUCUGGAGGUGUAUUUAUGGCAAAGUUGUGAAUCUUCAGUCUCACAGCGCCCCCACUGGGACAAAGAGAAGAAGUGCGCUAUGGAGACUGCUUUACAGUACUGCAAAGAGAGGAAUCCUAGAAGGCCUCCCAUGGCAUAUCUUAUUGAUGAAGGGGCAGAGCCUCUCACCUUUACUAAUAUAUUCCCUUCAUGGGAGAUGAGACUGACACAGGAAGUACAGGACUGCACGGUGCGUAAAAAUCUGACUUUGGUGCAGGAUGCUCUAGCUGCUCUUAAUAAGACCCAGUUCCCCCUUAAGGAUCUGCUGAAGAGACCUUUACCUGAAGGAUCCCUACACCUGGAGAACUACCUGUCUUAGAAUGAUUUCAAGGUUGCUUUGGGAAUGACAUGGAAUGACUACAAGUGUCUAUCAGAUUUACAAAGAAUGGACCUGAAGAAAAGUAAAGGCCUUUACUGAGUGUCAGCAGCACUGUGACCUACGCUCAACAGAAGCAACAUUUUAAAAGAUGUGUUUGUAAGAUGCUCUUGAUAGCACUCAUGUGUACAGUGUAACUGUGAGUGUGUUAAACAGUGAGUGUGAGUGUGUGUCCUUUCGGUCUGCUUCUUUUCAGUCUGCUGCUUUUUUAAUGCCUGACGUCCAGCGCUCAUUUUGGCCAAAAGCUUUCUACCCAGAGCUAGACAGAACUGUUUACUCUGACUUUGAGAAAUAGCUGUCAUGUUUUUCUUUUCUUCCUCCCCUUCCUCCCUCU